AUGGACAUAGUGCAUAGAAGCGGUGCUCCCACAAGAAGAGAUCUGAGCUGCGGGAAUCCUCGAGGUGUCUCCAUGUUUCUAAAUACGCUAAAUAAAAAUGGGACCUGCUCCGACGCUGGUAGGGAAUACUUACUUCCUCGUUGGGCACGCUCGAAAUUAUUGGUGCUCGUCGGCCAAAAGGUUGGGAGAGUAUUGAUCAAUCAAAAUGUAUCGCCUUCAUCCGCACGAGGAGUUGAGUUUGGAAGUGAAGGCCAGAGGUACCAGGUACAUGCCAAACAUGAAGUCCUCUUGGCUGCCGGUGCUCUCGUCACGCCUCUUAUCUUAGAGUACUCCGGUAUUGGACUGACCGAGGUUCUCUCGGCCGCUGGGGUUCCUCAGAUAGUCGAUCGUCCUGUUGGACUCAAUCUCCAAGACCAAACCACCACUACUGUCGUGGCAGAUAUUCACUCGGAUGGUGCAGGCCAAGGCCAAGCUGCAUACUUUGCGACACUCGAUGAGUUAUUCAAUGCACAGGAAAAUGAGACCGCCCGUGGACUCUUGCAUUCUCAAUUGAAUCAAUGGGCUGAUGAUGCUGUCACUGGGGGAGGGGGUUCCAACCAAACUGCCCUGAAAACCCAAUUGGAGCUUUAUCGCCACUGGAUCCUGAAUGAUAAUGUUGCAUUUGCUGAGCUUUUCAUGAACGUGCAACCGAAGGGCUCCAUUGUGGACAAAGACCCCUUCUUAUGGAAAGUGACCAGAAACCCACGUCACUUAGAAAAUGAUCUAGACAGUCUUGCGCAGGCAGCGGCAUCUCAACUAGCACGAAAUCUUCUCCGCGCGAUGCAUCCGUUUGUUUCAACGGAAACCCUUCCUGGAUCGCUGGUCCCGGAUAACGCUACAACCGACGAGUGGAUCUCCUAUGUCGCCCAGGAUUUCCAGCCAAACUUCCAUGUCAUCGGAACAUGCGCAAUGAUGGCGAAAGAGCUGGGAGGAGUCGUGGACCCCUCUGGUCGUGUAUAUGGGGUGAAAAACCUUCUUGUGAUUGAUGCGUCCAUUGUCCCGACCCAGGUCUCUGCUCAUACAUCUGCCUUACUUUACGGAGUUGCACAAAAGCUCUCGGAUCUGAUUCUCGCUGAUUACCAUAGAAACCCAGACCGCAUGACAUAG